GAAAUAAAUGUUGAAUUAGCUUCAAUGUUAGAAAAAUGCAAUCGAGCAUAUGAAUGUCCAACAGUUAAAAUGAACUUAAUGAAAGAUCAAUAUGAAGGUCGAUUAACUGAUUUAAACAGUGAAUGUACACAUUUACAAAAUAUUUCUCAAAAAGAUUUAAAGAAAACUAAAGAACAAGUUAGUUUUACUGUUCAGGAACUCUUUUCACUAACAUUCUUGAAUUUAUAAGAUAUGUGUUAUCAGUGAAAAAUAAGUGAAAACUAUGAUUUCAGGGAAAUAAAUGUUGCGGUAACUUAGUGAUCUAUAUGUAUUUAAAAGAAAAUUUGUUUGACACUUCGGCUUUAAUGCCAGCACCUAGAACAAUGUGACUGAGAACCAA